AACAAGCAAUGCGAGUCACUCAUGUUUAAACCAGCUACAGAAAAGCACAGCUGCCUCAAAUAUGCACGAAAAUCACUUCUUCAUUCUUCUAUAUGUGUGCACAACUGUGAGUAUUUCAUUGGCCUUUAACAUUGACUUGAGAAACCCGGAAGUCUAUGAUGGAAGUGCAAAUGAUUUCUUUGGAUUCAAAGUGCUACAGGUUGGGUCCAAAAGCAACAAAGGAAUCAUAGUGACUGCCCCUCUGUAUAUGAAUGGAUCUGGUGCAGUUUACCUCCGCAGGAAAAACACCGCGCCACCCCCAUUUACACCAAAAGCUCUUACUGUUGGAGAGGAGAAGGUACAAGUCAGGCACUUUGGGUUGUCUGUAGGAAAGGACCUCACACAACCUCAGCUAACUGUUUGUAGUCCCAGUGUGGUCAUUAGAUGUUAUGAGAAUUUCUACAUGAACGGUGUGUGCUACAAUCUCACAGAACAACUACAGGAGCAGUCUGUGUUCACUGCAGCUUUUCAAGCUUGCACUAAAAAGACAGUGGACCUUGCUUUUCUGUUUGAUGGAUCAUUAAGUAUGACAGCAGAAGAGUUUGAAACAAAUAAGGUUUUCAUUGAGGAUAUCAUGUCGAACCUUAAAAACACUUCUAUAAAGUUUGCAGCAGUGCAGUUUUCAUCUACAGUACAGACAGUUUUUACUUUUAAUGACUACACAAACGGUACAGCCAGCAGUAAACUCAAGAAAGAACCACAAUUAAGAGAGCUCACCAACACGUACAGAGCAUUGAAUUUUGUUCUAACAAACCAUUUAAACAAUACUUCAAAUGGAGGAUCUUCUGAUGCAACCAAAGUGCUGGUUUUAAUCACAGAUGGUAAUCCAAGUGACUCGGACACAACCCAUAAAUCUAUCAUGAAGUAUGACUCAAUGAACAUAAUUCGAUUUGUCAUUGGGGUGAAAGAUGUGAAUUUGGAAAAAUUGAGAGUUAUUGCUUCAGAGCCCAAGGACAAUAACACAUUUCACAUUGAAAACUACAGCGGGCUGACAGGCGUGCUGGAAAACGUCCAGAAGAAGAUCUUUCAAACUGAAGGCACAACAGCAGCUCUGGCCAGAGACUUGAGAGAGGAAAUGUCUCAGACUGGACUCAGUGCUGUCUAUGGCAAAGACGCUCUGCUCUUGGGCUCGGUGGGCUCACGGACGUGGAGAGGGUCUCUUCAUGAACUCCGAGGGGAAACUGAGACUCAGAUUCAGGAUUCAGAGCAGGAGGAAGACUCUUACAUGGGUUACUCUGUGUCAGUGGGGGAAAAAAACAAGACUGCCCUGUAUUUCACUGGUGCUCCAAGAUACAAGCACAUGGGACAAGUUGUGCUUUUUAUAUCCACAAGUGGCAAGUGGACUCCUGCUCAAAGGAUCAGUGGAGAGCAGCAUGCCUCGUACUUUGGUGCAGAGUUGUGCUCUGUGGAUGUGGACUCUGAUGGAAACACUGACUUCCUGUUUGUGGGAGCUCCUCUGUUUUACCAGACGCAUCAGGCUGCUGAGGGAAAGAUCUACAUCUACAGACUGACUGAUGAGUUGAAGCUGGUAAAACUAUCUGACAUCACUGCACAUGUCAUGGGGCGGUUUGGCACGACUAUCGCCAGUGUGGCUGAUGUGAACGGGGAUGGACUCCGAGACGCUGUUGUCGGGGCCCCACUGGAAAACCAGAACAGAGGAGCAGUGUAUCUGUACCUCGGGGACAGGAGCAGUGGCAUACGGAGCACACACAGCCAGAGGAUCCUGGGGGAGAAUGUGAAUUCUAGACUGCAGUUCUUUGGUCAGUCCAUAGAUGGUAGCAAUGAUGUUGGGAAUGAUGGUCUGCCUGAUAUUGUUGUUGGUUCUCGUGGAUCUGCAGUCGUUUUAAAAUCCAAGCCAGUGUUCAACGUUACGACUCGUUUUACAUUUGAACCUCAUGAAAUCAAUAUUGACCAAAUCCAAUGUCCUAGCGAUAGUGAUGACUUUACACCUCUGGUCACUUUAACAAUCUGUUUUGAGAUGCUUGAGGCAACUAAGAGCUCUGCAGGAGCUGUGAAAACGGGACUGAACAUUUCAUAUUCUCUGGAUGUCGACCCAAUGAGACAAAUGUUUAGAGGUUUUUUUAAUUCAACCAAAUCAAAAAGGAGAAAUCUAACUGAAACUUAUGAACUGAGAGAUAGAGAAACCUGCUUCAACCACUCUGUUUAUAAGCCGAAAUGUAUAACUGACACAUUGUCACCGAUCAAAAUUAACAUGAACUUUUCACAAGUGGAGAGUGAGAAAGCAGAUGUCGCCCUCAACACUGACAGUGAUAAGGAAGCAACUGUGGAGGUUCCCUUUGAAAACAGAUGUCACAAUGACACCUGCAGAGCUGAAAUUGAAGUGGAUUUUGACUUCAUGACUCCAUCUUUACUGGUGGCAGAUCAUAACUACUUCAAUAUGAGCGUGACUUUGUUCAAUCGCGGUGAAGACUCCUACAACACCAGUCUCACUAUACACCACCCUCCAGGACUGUCCUUCUCCAAGAUGACUCUGGCUCUGGAUUCAAAGUCAAGAACACUUUACAGUUGUCAUGACUAUGAAGAUAGAACAGUGUGUGGUGUCAGUCUUCCUGUUUAUCGCAGUCAAUCACAGGCCAAGUUCAUGACUGUUUUCCAUGUAAUAAGAGACUAUGAGUGGAAGGAGUCCUUAACAGUGAAUAUCACAGGACACAGUGAUAAUCAAAACUCAAGUAAAGGCUCUCUGAUCAAAGUCAUCCCAGUUCAGUUUGAAAUUAAAAUGGUACUUUUGGAAGGAGAAGACAGCAUUACCUAUAUGAAUUUUACCACUGAUGAUCCUGCCCCAAAAAGACUGCUUACUAAAUAUACAGUAGAUAAUUACGGGGAGAGGUAUUUUCCUGUGAAUGUGACCCUUGUUUUCCCCACAAAACUUAAGCACAAUCUUGAAAUGAGCAACUAUCAAGUCCUACUUGAGCAGAAUACAACCCAAUGCAGAGAAAGUGACACUGAAUCCUCUUCAUCUGGAAAUAAUGUUACCUACUGCACCCCAGAGCGAGAAUGCAAAUACAUAGUUUGUGAACCUUUUCUAUUGACCAAUGAAUCUGUGGAGUUUGAAUUGUCUGGAGAAGUGCAGUUUAAAGACUUCACUCAAGAUAAUGUACCUUUCCUGAAGCGAUACACUGGUGAUGGUGACCGGAUUGUGUUUGAAAGUUUUCUAUUUGUUGCUUAUGACAAAAAGAAGUAUUCACUUGACUCUUACAAUCAAAAGAUAAAAAGGGAGGGUCCAGAUGACAACAGCUUCUGGGAGGACUUUGAUCCAUCAAUGAAAUCGAGUGAGGUCCUCAUUGAGCUGAUUGUUUUGCCUGACAAAAUGCUCAUUAUUAUGACUGGAGCUGGAGGGGGGCUGUUUCUGGUAAUUCUCAUCACAGUCAUCAUAGUUAAGACAUGUUCAACUUCGAGAACUGAAGGCCAGUAUUCACUUGACACAGCAAGAGACAAGAUGGAGCCGCAUAUCAUCGCAGAGACUUCGAAGUUCACUCUUUGUGAUGGACUUGUCUCCCUGGAAUCUAAAGAUGAUGAACUUGACUUGAUUGAUCUAGGGGACCAAUCAAGAAGGAACAAUCUAAUUUUUGAGGGGAUCUGUGAACUUACUCCAGAGAGAUUGGAGGACACUGCAAUCCUAAUUCAGCACAUCAUAUCUGAUAAAUUGAAAAUUGAUUCAACAGCUAUUAAUAUAGAAAGAGCUCACAGAGUGGAAAAAAUAGACAAUAGUGAAAAUUGUCCAAGAUCUAUUAUAGUGACGUUCUCAAAUAAUAAAGAUAGGGAGCUGGUUUGGAAGAGUAGAAAAAUGUUGAGGAAGACAGCACUAGAAGUUUCUAUACAUGAGGAUGUCUCAGAGGUGGUUAGGCAGAAGAAGAAGAAGGGAGCUCCUAAUUAAUGUAAUACAUUUUGAAUAAUUUUACACUUAAUUAUAAGCCACUAAACAUUAUGUUCAAAAUACACAAAAACUGUAAUUUUCUGCUGAUAGUAACAGUACUCUUUAUUCUUCUUGAAUAUUUUGUGGAGACAGGUUUGUGGAGAUACAAGCACAGUAAGGAGUCACAUUUUUCAGUGCAAUAAAAACAUUUUAACUGAAAAACAUGCUUUUAUUUCAGUCUAUUUUUUGGUUAAAAAUGUACACUUGUGGGUCUUAAAUGUCAUAUGUCUUUUUGGAUGGCUAUGCUAAUCACUUACGAGAAGUUGUGUAUAACCACCUCUUCUUCCCUUUAUAUUUGUCACUUACUUUGUUCUGUUUCCAAUUUAAAUGCACCAAAGUAAAUCUGUAUUUUAUUUUUGUUUUAUUUGAUAUUUGAAAGUAAAGUAAAGUCAUCUUUAAUGUAA